CUCUCUCUCUCUCUCUCUCUCUCUUUCUCUCUCUCUCUUUCCUCUUUUUUCUUUUGGCUGUGAAGUUAAGCUAAUGCAAAAUCCUUGGCAAAACUUCAUUGGGAUCUUUGUUUCGCACCGAAAUCUCUGAAAAUUUGCUCUAGCUAAGUUGGGGAAAGUGACAAAUCUCUGUAAUGCACUGUGAGGAUCACGAAGACCAAGACGAAGCAGAGGAAGCAGAAGAAGAAGAAGAAGAAGAAGAGAAGCGAGAUAUUUCUCGCAGGCAGGUCUGAGAAUGGUUGCUGCGAUUCCUCAAGCAGCAAUCUCCAGCACUGACAAUAGGAAUCCACCUCGAGAUCGGCAAGACAAACCUCAACCCACAACCAACAAUGGCGGACAACAACGAAGACCUAGACUCAAAAAUGUCCCCUCACGCUACUUAUCCCCUUCUCCUUCUCCUUCGCAUUCUCAUUCUCAUUCCACCUCCUCUAACGCUACGACCACCACCACCACCACUACCACAUCGUCGUCGACUUCUUCUUCUUCUUCGUCUGCAAUACUGAGGACAAGUAAGCGAUAUCCUUCCCCUUUGCUCUCUCGCGCGACGAAUUCCGCUUCUAAUUUGAGUAAGACGCCUUCCUUGUUACCCAAACGGUCCCAAUCGGUAGACCGUCGUCGGCCGUCGGCAGCUGCUUCUCUUGUUACUGGCACCGAAAUGUCGACGGCCACCAAGAUGCUUAUCACUUCCACCAGGAGUUUAUCUGUUUCUUUUCAAGGGGAGUCGUUUUCGCUUCCGAUUAGCAAGAAGAAGGAGACUACCACGCCGGUUUCCCACCGGAAAUCUACUCCGGAGAGGCGGAGGUCCACGCCGGUUCGAGAUCAAAGGGAGAACUCAAAGCCGGUGGACCAGCAACUGUGGCCGGGCGCUUCCCGGAGGGGAAAUAUCGAAUCCGUGCCGAAUUCGCUUUCUAGAAGCAAGGCUUGUGACAGUGCUAAUAGAGGGAAGCUUGGAUCUGGGUUUGUGGGAAGGUCAAUGUUGCAGCAUUAUCCGGCUGAUGAGAGUUCUAGGGUUUCUGCUGAUGCCAAACUGAGUUUAGAUUUGGAAUUGAAGGAUGAGAGCAAGACAAGACCAAGCACACAUCCACGAUUGGGUUCUAGUGUUUCCUGUGACUUCACUGCAUCUGAUACUGAUAGUGUUUCAUCUGGUAGCACUAAUGGUGUGCAGGAAUGUGGUUCUGGUGUCAAUGGUGAAAUUUCUAAAACAAGAAGCUUGCAGCGUGAUACUAUGGCUUCUGCUAAAUUCUGGCAAGAGACUAAUAGCCGGUUAAGGCGGUUGCAGGACCCUGGCUCACCUCGAUGCUCUAGCCCAAAUCCGAGAACCAGUAGUAUGUCAUCAAAGUUCAGUCAGUCGAAACGGUUCUCUAAUGAUAGUCCAUUGGCAUCGUCUCCUCGUGGUAUGGCUUCUCCAGUAAGGGGUGCUACUCGCCCUGCUUCACCAAGUAAGCUUUGGGGAACAGCUACAUCAUCUCAAGCUAGGGCUCUCUCUAGUCCUUCUCGAGUGAGAAAUGGAGUUUCUGAACAAAUGAACGCUUAUAACCGUACCUUGCCUUCAAUUAUUUGUUUCUCUGCUGAUAUUAGGAGGGGGAAAAUUGGGGAGGAUCGCGUUAUGGAUGCCCACUUGUUGAGGCUUCUGUAUAACCGUUAUCUGCAGUGGCGGUUUGCCAAUGCGAUGGCUGACUCAACUUUCAUGGUGCAGAGCCACAGUGCAGAGAAAAACCUGUGGAAUGUCUGGGUAUCAAUCUCGGAGUUGCGCCAUUCUGUCACUCUGAAACAGAUCAAAUUGCUGUUGCUGAGGCAGAAACUGAAACUAGCUUCCAUCUUGAAGGAGCAGAUGGAUUAUUUAGAAGCAUGGUCUUUUCUAGACAGAGAUCAUUCAAAAUCCUUGUCAGGAGCAACUGAAGCCUUGAAAGCCAGCACGCUUCGUCUUCCAAUUAUUGGAAAAGCUGUGGUUGAUAUUCAAGAUCUCAAGCAUGCUGUUAGUUCAGCCGUUGAUGUUAUGCGCGCUAUGGCGUCCUCCAUAUUCUCGCUGACAUCGGAGAUAAAAAUUAGAAUGCAAUGCAUAGCUGCGACAUACUCUCUCUUCAUGUGUGGACGAAAUGAAUUCAGUAAUGGCGGAAAUGGUGAAUAUAACUUCAAAAGAAAAGGUUUUGCUCGAACAAUGUCAAGGAUUCUUAUCAACAGCAGCAGCUUUGCAGGUUACCAACUGUAGCAUGAAGACGCACAUAAUACAACUAAGCCGGAUACAAACCAACCUGACUUCACAACUGUAGAAACUGAUCUCCUCUGAGUUUAUGACUACUCACACCACUCCACGACAUGAUAUUAACAAUGUUUACAUUCCCACGGCCUUCCCUCAGAAUCUCAGAAACCGCCUUUAUCGUUUUCAACAGGAUCAAGGUGAGUGAGAUUCAUGGGGGUUAUCUGUUUCUUUAAGUAAGUUCUUGUUCUGGAGAUUACUCAAGAGAAAGGUAGAAGAAUAGAAUGUGGUGUUUGUUACCGAUGAAGUUAGCUUUAAUUGUAUACAGAAAAGCUUGUAAGGAAUCUUUGCCUUUUGUUCUCUAAUGAAGAAAAAAAAUGUACAUAAAUAGAAAUGAUUUAAAUCUAUGAUUUGUUGU